AAAAUGGGGCGGAUCUUCAGGACCCUGUGAAGCCUCCGGCCGGUAUAUUUUGGUCAAUUAUUUAGCUGGUUACAAAAGCUGCAGGUGGUCAGAGAGAGGUUAUAUAUUUGAUAAAGUCACUCCCGAGAGGAUUUAGUAGUAAAAAGUGAAAGAAGACAACAUGGACAGGACGGUCAGCCUUCCCAGUCAGCCCGACAAAACCACCACAGUGACUCUGGUUGAGAGCAGCAGCACCCCCAGCGGGCUGGAACUGGUCAGUUCCUACCAGACCAACAGAGUGGGAGACCCCAUGGACCUAGUGGCCCUGGCAUCUCAAGUGCAGAAGGGAGAUGACUUCAUUAAAGCCAACGCUUGCAACAAACUGACAGUCAUUGCCGACCAGAUCAGAUACCUACAGGAACAGGCCAAAAAGGUUUUAGAAGAUGCUAAACGAGAUGCUGACCUCCACCAUGCUGCCUGCAACAUUGUGAAAAAACCAGGCAACAUGUACUACCUCUACCAGCGGCCAUCUGCACAGAAAUACUUCUCCAUCAUCUCUCCUAAGGAAUGGGGUCCCAGUUGCCCUCAUACCUUUGUCGGUGCAUUCAAACUCCAACACGACAUGUCCUGGACUCCUGUAGACGAGGUGGAGAAGAAGGACGCAGAGAUGGCCAUCAUGGACAAACUUCUGAGCCAGCAGACCGCCUUACCACCUUACACAGAACCCAACUUCAAGGGCCUCUCUGAUUAACCGACUGCUGGACUGGACAUAUGAUGGAUGCUAACUGUAGUCUUAAUGGACAUUUGGACAGAAAACAAUCCGUACACGGAUUGGAAUCGCUGAUAUCAAAGCAGCCGUCACACAGUGUUAGGGUUUGAUACACUGACCUGAGCGCACAAUGCAUUACUACUUACUACCAGCAUUGGUUAUACACUGUUGCUGAUGUUGAAUGUAUACAGCUGUAAAAAAAAGAAAAAGAAAAAAAAAGGUCUCCACUUCUUCCCACUGUACAAAACUGAAGCCAAAAUAUACCAGAUACAGGCGCCACCAUCUUGUAAUUUUGGUGGAAGAGUCUGCGCAGUAGCGAUCGGGCGUUGGAGCCGCGGUAUCGAAUUCCCGCCCAUACACCCGCCCGGCCAAUCGUGAGUCAAUCAUGAUGUAUCACUCCGCUUUUAUAGCGUCAAAUAACCAAUAAAAACUUCACUUAUCAGAAACAACUUACACUUGAACAUACAUCAGCAUGAGCAGAACAACCUUAAAUGAAAGAAAUCUUUGGGAAAAAUGUAUUUGAUGUGCACUUUUAAAAAAAAAAAAGUUGGGUUCAUGUCCCAUCCACUAACAUGGAGGGGGGCGGGGUUAAUGACUGUUCCAUCCAAACUGCUGUUUUAGUAUUUCUGUCUUUCGUGUGUUAACCAUGAAAGCUGAGUGACCUUGUAAAGAGCACAGGAUGUAUCCUGAGGGCAGAGCGUGUAACCAGGAGGGGUGUGCAUGAGCCGAAUAACUAACUUGACUCCCAACUCCUUUUAAAAAAGACUGUUGUGAACAAUCUUCAGUCACUUUCUGUACUCUGCUGUGAGUGCUGUAAACAGACUCCUUACUUGCAAGUAAAAACGAACUUCAGUGA